AUGCGUCCGUCCGCUAUCCGUUGCUUCUCGUCCGCCGCUGCGUCGCUCAAGAAGACGCCGCUGUAUGACCUGCAUGUGUCUCUAGGUGGCAAAAUGGUGCCGUUUGCUGGCUACUCGAUGCCCGUGCAGUACCAGGCUGGUGUGCUGCAGUCGCACCUGCACACGCGCGAGCAAGAGAAGGCGUCGCUCUUCGACGUCUCACACAUGGGUCAGCUGCGUAUCACGGGCAAGGAUCGCCUGCAGUUCCUCGAGAGCGUCGUGGUGGGCGACCUGCAGGCUCUGGGCAGUGGCGAGGCUAAGCUCAGUCUCAUCACUAACGACCAGGGCGGCAUCAUCGACGACUGCGUGGUCUCACGCUAUGACGACCAUCUGUACGUGGUGGUAAAUGCUGGCAAUCAGGACGUGGACCUUGUGCACAUGCACAAGCUCUCCGAGGGUUUCAAGGGCGAUGCGUCCAUCGAGCGCAUCCAGGAUCGCGCGCUCGUGGCUCUACAGGGCCCUGGAGCCGUCGAUGUGGUGGAGACGCUAAACCCUAACGUAAACUUAAAAGACCUUGAGUUCAUGCACGGCGUGUUCACGCCCUUGAAGCUCAAGGACGGCAAGCAAGUGGACGUCAUUCUCACGCGUUGUGGCUACACUGGUGAGGAUGGAUUCGAGAUCUCCGUGCUCAGCAAGGACGCCGAGACUUUCGCGCGAGCUCUGCUUGAUGACGAGCGCGUGGCGGGUCUGUGUCUGCAUGGCCACGACAUUACGGACAAGAUUACGCCUAUUGAAGCCACGCUAGCGUGGACUAUUGGCAAGCGUCGUCGCGAGGAGGGAGGCUUCCCUGGUCACAGCAUUAUUAUGGACCAGCUGAAGAACAAGACGGCCACGAAGAAGCGUGUCGGCUUCGUGGUGGACGGAGCAGCCGCGCGUGAGGGCGCAGAGCUCUUUGACGCCGACGACAACGUUGUGGGUCACGUGACCAGUGGUACCUUCAGUCCGUCGCUCAAGAAGGCCAUCGGUAUGGCCUACGUCAACAAGAAUGUGGGCAAGAUCGGCACGGACCUGCACGUCAAGGCCCGUAAGAAAACGCAGCAAGGCUGUCAUCACCAAGAUGCCGUUUGUGCCGUCCAACUACUACAAGAAGGAGUAAGCAGCAGUACUGGAAGCGUCGUAGCGUUGGCUCUCAUGCCACCGAGCUUCUUCCUUUGGCCCUAUACGUAUACCCCUAAAAGCUGACGCCGGCAGGUAUACAGAGUUUAAUGCACAGAU